UUCGUCAGCUUAAAAAUACGUGAAAUAUCACGAAUUUGUCUUCCCUGUUACAACUUUCUCCAACUGGGACAAUGGGGUCUUUUUUCCGGGAACAUUUUCCGUGGAUCAGUGCUCUAAGUACCGGGAUCAUGAUUGGAGCCAGUUCAACUACCAUAUACUUUCAACUAAGUAGAAAUCUUGCCAGAGAAGUUCUUGAGUUGACAAGUGUUGUCAACUCGCUUCGAAAGGACAUUGCAGAGCUCCGAGAAAAAGUUGCGAACAGGAAAAAAAAGACUGGGUAUUGCUCUGUGCAGCCAAGUAGUGGUGACGACGAUGAUGAAUUCGAAGAAGCUUAUGGCGGAAGUGAUCUUGAAGGAAUUGACACUGGACAUGUGAGCGAUGGCUACCUCACAGCUAAUGAAGCAUCUGACCGCGAUGCAAGUCGCACCUCAUUCAGUGACUUUUUUGCUAAAGCUGACAAGCUGUUGGAUGGCAAAGAUCCUGAGAAAGAACAAGCUUACAAACUGAUUCAUCAGAAGAGAGACUCUCUUUCUCGAGAUCCUGAGUUUUUGUGGAGAUAUGCCAAGUCCACAUACUUUCUGUCACAAAUAGAAGAUGGGCGAGGCAAUCAAGAGAAGAAAAAAGAUCUUGCUCACAAGGCCAAGGACAUAGCUUUCUCUGCCCUUUUAAUUACCGAUCAAAAUGCCAAUGUCCAUAAAUGGUGUUCUAUCACGCUGGGCAACCUCAGUGAUUACAAAGCCACCAAGGAUAAGAUAUCAGAUGGAUUUGAGUUUCGGACGCAUAUAGAGAAAGCUAUUAGUCUCAAUCCAAAGGAUUCAUCGUCCCAGUAUCUGCUAGGAAGAUGGUGUUAUGGGGUGUACAUGCUCAGUUGGAUUGAAAGAAAAGUCGCUGCAACACUAUUUGCUACUCCGCCAUCUGCUACCAUUGAAGAAGCAUUGGAACAUUUUCUUGAAGCUGAAAACUUGAAUCCUGGCAUGUGGAAAGAAAAUAUGCUGUAUAUUGCUAAGUGCCAUAUAGAAAAGAGGCAAUAUCAGGAUGCGGUUGAAUGGAUGGAGAAAGGCAGCAGACUAGCCAUUAAUGGUCAGGAUGACCGAGUUGCCCAGAAGGAGAUAGACACACUAUUAGUAAAAUACCGGCAGUGAUCGCAGAUGUGAACAACAAAUUCCAAUCUAAAUGAUUGUACGUUGAGCUCACUCAAGCAGUACAGGCAGAAUGAUUCCGUGAUAAGAUGACUACUGCAUGACAAGGCCUCGGGGCAAUGCUGCUGGCCAUGCUGGACUGCUCUCACGCACAUGUUGUGACUGUCUGGAACUGAAUUCUGCAGCUUUCUAUAGAAAAAGUGCACUCAAACAUGUUAUUUUGUGCUGUGCCGGCAAAAUUUCUUACUUCUGAUAUUUCUAGCAUGCCCCAUACAAAGCUUUUUUGUGAAAAAUCCAUCGAAGAUUGCUGUAGAAAGUGUACAUAGAAUCUGUUCAGUAUCACUACUUGCACUCAGUUGUAUCCGAAACACUAUCAAAAUUGGGCUCAAAUUAGUGAAAUAGCAUAAAUUCUAGAAUAGAAAAUUCAUGAGAAACACUGAAAAUUAUGGAAGAAUCCGAUAUUUUGUCCUCUUCCCUCCAACAUUUUGAGCGAAGUAUGUAGUCCUCACUUUGUCAUGCUGCCAGUUCUUAUCUGGAUGGCGAUCAGCUGGCUGUUGCCCCGCAGGUACACAUACACGAUUGCAUGAAUAAAUAUCUCAUGGUCUUCAGGUGUCUUAAAUGUUCAUGACAAUACUACGAUCAGUCCAGUAACUGUUUGUUUACAAUAAGGCUUUUUGUAUCUAUGAUGCCAAUUGGAAACGCAUGUUUUUUAUUUCCAGAUUGUACAAUCUAUUUCAUAGUAUAAUCUAUCCAUUAAGUACCGGGCAUUCCUGGUGGCCCUAUAAUCAAUCUGUACCAUACAAAGUGUUUCCAAUUUAUUGUUUCUAAGUUCUUCCUCCCAUGGAAUAACUUAUACUUUAAGAGUAGAGCUGUGUGUGCAUCGUUGAAAGAGCACUCAGUAGUAACGACACGAGUCUCAUCCAGUAAGAACGACGGAGGUGUGAGAGGCAAGUGGUGAUAGAGGUAGGAAUUAAGCCAUUUGCGGUACUGUGAAUGCCCAUGUAGUUCACUCAUUAUUGUUGUUUUGAAAUGACAAAUUUGCAAAAAUUAUGAAAAUUAUAAGCGCGCGCCUGUAUGGCGUGCAUCGUGACGGAUACUGGAUAAUUUCUGCUGCUGAGGCACUGGAUUCAAAAUCAGCAAAGAAACAAGUCUUCUGUUAUUGUUUUAAGUGUUUGUUAUUUGUUUGUUAGUGUUUGGUGCACUCGCAGGAACUGAGGAGUGAGUGGAGGUCAGUAUUAUAUGAAAUUGGGCAAGUAGUGAUUAUAUUAGUUUGUUGACUUUAAUACUGUUUAUAAAUUCAAUCUUUUCAAAACUUCGUUCUGUAUCUGAAAUGUGGUUUCUCUAUGGUAUCUUUUUGGUAACUUAUUUCAUAUUCAUAUUAUGAGUUACAAACGAGUGGAGGUGAAUAUCAGAUGUGAUCGCUUUCGAUUUCCGGGUGUUCUCACAUUUGGUAAUAUCGCCGAUUUAGGAAAUUACCAGAACUGACAAAGUACAGUAGAACCUCUCUAUUAAGGACACCCUCGGGACUGGCAAGUGCUGUCCUUGAUAGAGAGGUGUCCUGAUUAGAGAGGUCAAAUUGAAUGGAAACACCCAAUUUGGGACCAAAUCUAGUGUCCUUCAUAGAGAGGGUGUCCUUAUGCAAGUAUCAAUGCGUAUCUUUCCCCCCCUCCUCAAGGGUCGACAAGAUUCGGCGCCGUUUCUCUGCCGAAGCUUGAGGUAUUUUCUUCCUGGAAUUGUCGUAUUCUUGGCGAUGAAGUGCGAGGUCGUUGUGAUAUUGCGCCGAAAGCUUAACGACAAGAUUGGAUCAGCCGUGUUUUGUUUGCCGUAAUCUUGGCGAAGACCCGGCGGGGUCAUCGUCGUAAUCUUGCCGGAUUGGGGAUUCCCCCUUGCGCAUGCGUGGUACGCAAUUUUUCGACGCUGUCACGCUUUUCAUGCAAACUCGCACAGUGCCGAAAUUAAAAUUCAAUUUCAGAUAGGAACGACAUCAGCGCCUCUAGUGUCAAGAUUGGCUUUUCAUGCUGUUGUAGUGAACGCGUGUGUCGUGUGUUCUCGCAUACUUUCGGGCAUACUUUGCAGGUAAUUUGUGUUUCAUUUUCUUUGUAUCAUAUCAUCGUAAGAUUUGGAGACCAAGGACUCGCUGAAGCCCUGAGGUUAUCGAUGUAAUGGCCUAGAUUUUUAGCCCCUGCGACCCUAUCUCUGCUGUGCUGCUAGUACAGUGCCGAGUUGUGGUGGUCGAACAUCUUUGGUGAUUUCUGACCUAAAAAGGUGAUAGCAUGUCGAACAUCUUAGGAAAAGGUGGUUAGGUGUCGAAAUCUUUCCACAUCAUUGGAUAAUAGCAAGUGAUAACCUGACGAUUUUCCAUAAGUGUCUAAUGAACUCCUGCCGUAGCUUAGGUGAAGUGCAUUGGGUAUAUUGUCGUAAAGGUGUCGAACCCUUGAGGAGGGGGGGAAAAGAUACGCAUUGAUACUUGCAUUAAUAGAGGUGUUCGCUUAGGGAGGUUCUACUGUAGUUCAAUUAUUUCACAAUCAAUGACUAUACAUGAAGGACACUCCCCCUCAAUUUUGAGACUUCACAUCACGUCUUUGUGUAACUUAUGACAGCUUUAUCUCACAUUCCGAAAUAUGUUCACCAUAAACUGUAUGUUUUUGUACGUUUUGUUCUUUUGCGCUGCGGAAAUUGAAAAUGUGGUUGGGGACAUGUUUGCUCUCUUUCAUCCACUGGCAUUUCCUAUUUCACAGAAACCAUAGAAGCCAAAAGAUUUCAUUCCCUCUACAAAUUAUGUAAUGUACAUUUGUAUAACAAAUGCAAACAAAAAUACACUGUACAGGUAUAUGUAUUCAAUUAUGCGAAUGCACUUAUAAAAAAAAAUUCCAGUGCCUUUCUCCUAAAUAUUGGCACAUGCACUGAAAAUUUUACUGCUCACUUACCUCACCUCGAAGUACAUAAUGGCCUUUCAUCGUCGUAUUCUAUAUUUGAAUAUAUUCUCCGCAAGAGACAUCAAUCGGAAUCAUUUGGAAUAUGAUGUAGUGCUGAUGGCCUAUGGCCAACUUUGAAAUCAGUACAACAAAACUUAAUUUAGUGUAUGUUUAUUAACAUCAGAAUAAUCAAUUCAAAGGAACUAAAUAGCAAUGGAUGUGCAGUUUAUUGCAUGUGGUGCACUGAAUAUCUUCAUUGUGCAUUUUUUAUCAUACAUUUGGUCAUAAGAGCACUUGUGUAUGUAUAUUCUCGAGACUCGCCGAUCUAUCUAAGACAGUUUCUGGACAUGCAAGCCAAGCCCCCUUAGAUAUCAUGCGCAUCGUUGUAAGAUGUCAUUCAACAUUGUUUAAUCGAGAUGGACAAUGGGCGGGCGAGACCAGUUUAUCUAAUUGUUAUGUCAUUCGCCUUUGCAUCAAUUUCAUUUAAUUGUGAGGGUUCAGAAUGGGAUGCCCAUAAGGAUUUCACUUUGUUUUCAAUGGGAUUUCUUUUAUUGAAGAUUCGUUGCCAAUAGUCCUAGGCUAACAGAUAGGGAAAUCAAUCGACCAAAUCAUUUACCAAUGAUAAAAGUAUAGUGAUUAGGGAACAAGUGAUCAGUUCAUUCUCAGAGCCAACCACUGUCCAACAACUUACCACAAUCUGAAGACCAUGAAGUGCGAGCCAAUCGGUAUGAAGGAACCGUAAUCUGUUCAAUGCUUUAAUGCUGGGGGCGGUCAUGCCUAAAAUUAAUGAACCGGUCUUGGAUCAGUGAGACUAGAGUAUGCGCGGCUCAGUAUUUGAUGUGAUGCUCCCACUUUCGGAUCAAAGUUAAGAAUAGAUAAGAGUUGUCUCCUGUAAUCGUGAUGUUAUGAACUGAACAAUUUAAGCUCAGAUAUUCCAAGUAAAUUUGUUGUUAUUUUUUUGGCAAUCAUAAAUUAAUUCUUCAAAACAAAUCAUGGACACUGGGCCAAUAUUGUGCUGUUUGUAUUGCAACUGUCAGGAAUAGGAGACAACUCUUGUAUUACGCUUGGAAGUACAAGUAUUGAAUCAGUUUUAGGAUUUCACUU